ACGGUCAACAUCACGGACGAGCUCAUGACCGGCGGCCUGUCGGCCCUCAUGCUGGCACUGUGGUUCGAACGUAAUGACAAGGGACAACGUCGCAUACCCAUUCUAUUCCACCGGCUUCGCAUUCGAGUCAGCGACAGCAUACAUCCCCUCCAUGGCCACAAAAGCGUGUUCCGGAUCGAGUGCGAGUACGCAAACGGCGCCGCGCGAUGGGUCGUCUAUCGUCAACUCCGCGACUUCAUUUCUCUCCACGGUAGCUACCAGCUCUCGCACAUCUACAAUCGGGACAUCCAGAACUUGCCCGAGUUCCCUCGCACCAGCCUGCCCUACUUCAAGUUCCUGCGCAAGGAGGGGAAUGACAUCUCGCAGGCGGACUUUGCUCGGCUGCAGCGGGAAGCGCUCGAGAGUUAUCUCGUCGAACUCAUCCGUGCGGUGAUGUUCCAUCCCGAGACGAACCGGUUGGCCGGCUUCCUGGAAAUUAGCGCGCUGUCGAUCGCACUUGCGCAAUCUGGUGGUGCGCAGUACAAGGCAGGUUAUCUGCAGAUCGAAUCUUCGAGCUCGAGGGGAGGGUUCGGCCGCAAGGGUGCUAGUCUGCGCGAGAAAAGACAGACGCGCUGGUGCGCUGUGCGCGAGAGCUACCUCGUCGCGCUGGAAGAGCCUGGAGAGCUCAAAGUAUGGGAUGUCUUCCUGCUUGACAGCGACUUCGUCAUCGAGCGACCUAAGCGUUACUACCGCCAAGGCUUCAACCUCCUCCACCCCGAGACCGCAAACGAGGGCAACCACCCGAAGGCAUCCUCCCUGCUCGACCCGUCGACGAACACGAAUCCGCUGACGGCGGGGCCAGACGAUGAGCACGAGGGGUUCACGGAGGAUAACAAGAUCAAGUGGGACGCGCAGAAUGAGAGGAAGAAGAAGAAAGAGGGCGAGGUGUCGAAGCAUACGUUCUAUGUGACGAAUUCGCAGAUGAGGUUGAAGUUGUCGGCGAGAAAUGAGCGCCAAAUGCUGCAGUGGAUCACGGCAUUGGAGAAGGUCGCGGCGACGUCGCAUUACACGGGUGGCAAUCGCUUCGACAGCUUCGCGCCAAUCCGACUAAACGUGGCCGCGCAGUGGCUCGUGGAUGGUCGCGACUACUUCUGGAACCUCUCGCGGGCUAUCCUCAUGGCAAGGGAGACGAUCUACAUUCACGAUUGGUGGAUCUCCCCGGAACUCCAGAUGCGAAGACCCCACAAGGAUAGGUACCGUCUGGACCAUCUCCUGCAAAGGAAGGCGCGGGAGGGCGUCAAGAUCUACGUGAUAGUCUACCAAGAAGUGUCCAACCGAACGACGCCGACGGACAGCAACUACGCGAAGCAGCGCCUUACCUCUCUUCACCCCAACAUCUUAGUGCAGCGCUCGCCGUCGCAUUUCCAGACCGGUACCUUCUACUGGGCUCAUCACGAGAAGCUCUGCGUCAUCGACCGCGCCAUCGCCUUCAUGGGCGGGCUUGACCUCUGCUUCGGUCGCUGGGACACGCCCCAGCACGUCAUCAUCGACGACCCCAGCAUGGACCCCGACGGCUCGACGAUCUGGCCCGGCAAGGACUACAGCAAUCCGCGCGUGCUCGACUUCCACACGCUCAACAAGCCCGAGGAAGACAUGUACGACCGCACGAAGACCCCGCGGAUGCCGUGGCACGACGUGGCGAUGCAGAUUGUGGGCCAGCCGGCGAGGGAUCUGGCGAGGCACUUUGUGCAGAGGUGGAACUUUUUGCUGAGGAUUAAGAACCAUUCUCGGGUCAUGCCGUUCCUUUUGCCGCCGCCGGAGUUCAAGCCUGGGGAGCUGACGGAGAUGGGGUUGACGGGAACUUGCGAGAUGCAGAUCUGUCGGUCUGCGGGGCCUUGGUCUAUGGGCACCCCUAACAAGGUCGAGCAUUCCAUCCAGAAUGCGUACCUGAAAGCCAUCCAGCUGUCUGAGCACUUCGUCUACAUCGAGAACCAGUUCUUCAUCACUUCGACCACUGUCGGCGAUGUGAAGAUCGAGAACCGUAUUGGCGACGCUCUCGUUCACCGCAUCAUCCGCGCGCACCGCGAGGGCACGCCAUGGAAGUGUUGUAUCAUGAUACCGCUCAUCCCUGGCUUUACCUUCCCUGUGGACCACAGCGAUGGCAGUGCCAUCCGCAUCAUUCUUGAGUGCCAGAACCGCACCAUCGCCCGAGGCCCGAACUCCAUCUUCGCUCGGUUGAGGAAGGAGGGCAUUGACCCCGACGACUACAUCACCGUCUUCUCCCUCCGCAACUGGGGCAAGCUCAAGGGCGGCGUCUUGACCACCGAGCAAGUCUACAUCCACGGCAAGGUCUGCAUCGUCGAUGAUCGUCUGGCUAUCAUCGGAAGCGCCAACAUCAACGAGCGCUCUCAACGUGGUGAUCGGGACUCUGAGAUCGCUGCUGUCAUUCGCGACACGGACCUCAUGGAUGGCACCAUGGCCGGCAAGCCCUUCAAGGUCGGCCGCUUCGCGCACACGCUGCGCGUCCGCCUCAUGCGCGAGCACGUUGGCGUCGACGUCGAUACGAUGGAGGAGGACGACCUGAUGACGCACGAGCCUGUGCAGAAGAGCUACGAGCAGGAUGCGUGGGACCCGGAGGACGAGCAGGACUUCGGUGCGGACAAGGUGACGAAGCCAACACAGCGGACACCGGGGACGAAUCUGGCACACACGACGAUGGAUGGGGUGCAGCAUCUGUACAACGGCACCGCGGAAGCAACCGCGCACACCGCGCGUAAGGCGGCGCGCAAGAUGGGCAUGACCAAGGCGGUGAACGCGGACGAUGCGGCGAUGACGGAGGAGCGGACGACCUACACCCGCGACGGGGAGAAGGUGCCCGGCUUCACGAGUUCAGUGGUGCCAACGCAGGAGGAGAAGGUGGUGAUGGGGCGUUUGUCGGAGGCGAAUGCGGAUCUGGAGGGUGAAAAGGGGAGUGAGGAAGAUGGGAAGUUGCGCGCGAACCACGACGGGGAGGGCAGUGGGCAAGCAACGCCGAUGCAGGACGGUGGUCAGACGACGCCCAUGCAGAAUGGAGGCACUACACCGAGGGGCGAUUCACCCAAAGCGAAUGGGCAGGCGAAGGGCGACGCGACCAAGGCCAACGGUGGCGAGACGCCCAAGGUCAAUGGCAACACUGCCAACAACGCUGAUCUCAGGGCGGAGGAUGAUACGCUGUUUGGCGCGCCUGCAGAUGCAUCGCGUGCGGACGACGGGCCGCCGGCUACUCGUCCGGGCGUCAAUGACGCGGACGCGGACGAGAAGGCUGCUCCCGCUGCGCGCGACACGAUCCGGCGGCACAUGGCGGCGAAGAAUAUGGGCUCGAAGACGUGGACGCUGCCAACGCCACGGCCGAAGGUCGAUCCCGAGGGCUUCGAGGACCCAGUGUGCGACGAGUUCUGGAAGGGCGUCUGGUUGGCGAGUGCGGCGCAUAACACCGAAAUUUUCCGCAAAGUCUUCCACGCGAUCCCUGACGACAUGGUGACAACCUGGAAGCAAUACAAGGACUUUGUCGUGCACCACGAGCGCAUGAACAAGCCCGUGCGCGACAGCGAGUCGCCCGAUCCCAACCCUGUCGGGCGCGCGCCGUCCGAAACCGCCGACGAGGGCGCGCCGAACAAGGAGGGCGAUAUCGCGGACCCGACGGUCGACGAGAGCGGCGUGGCGGACGACGCGACGACCGCGGGCAUGAGCUCGCCGCACGUGUCGACGUUCGGGGAUGGUAAUGGUAAUGGGGCGCCGAGCAAGGAGGGGAAGGAGGGUGGGCGGCCGAGGCGGCCGACGAGGGGUGCGGAGCCGUUCGAGAAGUGGGAGAGGGAUGAGAUGGAGAGGUUGCUUGGGGAGCUGAAUGGGCAUCUUGUGUUUUACCCGACCCGGUUCCUCGAGGCGGAAGAUGCGGCCAACAACUUCUUGUUCAAUGCCGACAGGCUUCUCCCUCUUCCGAUCUACGACUAAUCACGAUCUUUUUGCUGUGAAGUAGCGUUCGAUACCAUCCGGACUCUCAGUAUAUACGAGCCUUAUUGUGGGACACUAAUAUACCAGUCGCUAUCGUAAUUCUUUUUUGUACAGUACAGACAGUCCUGACUUGAGCCACCACGAGUUUGGCGCCUUGAGCCUC